GACCCUUGGCGGGCCGCGAAGAUGAUAAAGGGUUACAUGCAGCAACACAACAUCCCUCAGAGAGAGGUGGUGGAUGUCACUGGGCUGAAUCAGUCCCACCUUUCGCAGCACCUCAACAAAGGCACACCCAUGAAAACACAGAAGCGAGCGGCCCUCUAUACCUGGUAUGUCCGGAAGCAGAGGGAGAUUCUCAGGCAAUUCAACCAGACAGUCCAGGGUUCUGGAAAUAUGACAGACAAAACCAGUCAAGAUCAGCUGCUGUUUCUCUUUCCAGAGUUCAACCAGCAAAGCCAGGGCGUGGGCCAGAUAGAUGACCCCUGCGCCGAAACGCCCAGUAAGAAGAUGCGUCGGAACCGCUUCAAAUGGGGCCCUGCCUCCCAACAGAUAUUGUACCAAGCCUAUGAACGGCAAAAGAACCCCAGCAAGGAAGAGAGGGAAGCUUUGGUGGAAGAGUGCAACAGGGCAGAAUGUCUCCAACGGGGCGUGUCCCCUUCUAAAGCUCAUGGACUGGGUUCAAAUCUGGUGACGGAAGUCCGCGUCUAUAACUGGUUUGCGAACCGGAGGAAAGAAGAGGCGUUUCGCCAGAAGCUGGCGAUGGACGCCUACAGUACGGGUCAGCCUCACAGCAUGAGCCUUUUGCUUUCGCACAGUUCCCCUCACCAUGCGCAGCCCAGCUCUUCCCCCCCAAGCAAAAUGGCAGGAGUCCGCUACAGCCAGCAAGGCAGCAACGAAGUCACUUCCUCCUCGGCUAUUAAUCACCAUGGCAACAACCCCAUGGUGACCACCAGCCAGGCUGUUCUCCAGCAAGUAUCUCCUGCAGGUUUGGAUUCAAGCCACAGCCUCCUCUCACCGGAUGGUAAAAUGCAGAUCACGGUGUCUGGUGGCGGGCUGCCCCCGGUCAGUACUCUCACCAGUAUCCACAGCUUUUCCCAUCACAACCAGCAACCAUCCCAGAACCUCAUCAUGACGCCGUUAUCCGGAGUCAUGGCUAUCACACCGAGCCUCCACAGUUCCCAAGCGCAGAGCGUCCCCGUCAUCAACAGCGUGGCCAGCAGCCUGGCAGCCCUCCAGCCCGUCCAGUUCUCCCAGCAGCUCCACAGCCCACACCAGCAGCCCCUCCUGCAGCAGGCGCCCAGCCCCAUGGCGCAGCAGCCCUUCAUGGCCACGGUGGCCCAGCUGCAGAACUCACACAUGUAUGCACACAAGCAGGAACCCCCCCAGUAUUCCCACACAUCUCGGUUCCCUUCAGCCAUGGUGGUCACGGAUACCAGCAGCAUCAGUUCCUUAACCAAUAUGUCUUCCAGUAAACAGUGUCCACUGCAAGCUUGGUGA